AUGACCAAGAAGAGAAGGGGCGGAGGCCGCAACAAGAAGGGACGUGGUCACGUCAAGUCGGACAAGGCCAUCAAGCGCAACUCGGUCAAGAACAUGGUUGAGGCCGCUGCCGUCCGUGACAUGUCGGAGGCUUCGGUCUACGCUGAGUACGCCCUCCCCAAGCUUUACGUUCGCCUCGCCUACUGCAUCUCGUGCGCCAUCCACGCCAAGGUCGUUCGCGUCCGUUCGGACAAGCCCGGAGCUAUCAACUCGCGCAAGAACCGUGCCCCCCCUCCCCGCGCCAUCUUCAAGGACGGCAAGCGCGUCAACCCCGCUGUCGCCGCCGCCCUUGCCGCCAAGCAGGCCCAGCUCUAA